ACUUAAAAUUGCCUGUAGUUGCAGAAAUGUUUUUCAUUGGACUGAUGACGAAAGAGCAUGGGGGGAGUGACUGCACUGUCAUAGUGCACAUCACAUGGACAAUGUGGGAAAAUUAACUGAAUUCCACAGCUGAAGUUCAUCAACACUUCUCUUUAAACCAAGGUCAACAUGGCAGAAGCUCUCAAAUACACAUUCUGUCUUAUUUUACUGAAAGGCUUCAGUGAAGGAGUGCUGAUCACACAGUGGCCUGAAUACGUCUUCAAACUCACAAGAACCUCAGUGGACAUGCACUGUUUCCAAAACGACACUGACUAUGACUACAUGUAUUGGUACAGACAGCUCCAAGGCAAAGAGCCAGUGCUUAUAGCAAGAUAUGUAGCUCAAAACCCCACGUAUGAGAAGGGUUUUGAGAACGGCUUUACGGUCUGGGGCACAGAGAGGAAGAAAUGGUCUCUGACAGUGGACGUCAAAAAGGACAGUGAUGCAUUAUAUCUGUGUGCUGCUAGUUUAGCAGUAGGUUACCACUAUUCAAAAGCGGAAUUUGGAAAUGGGACCAAACUAACAGUUCUCGAUCCCAACAAAACCAUCAGCACACCCACUGUGACCCUGCUGCCACCUUCUCCAAAAGAGCUCUGCAAUGACCCAAAGAAAGUGACGUUGGUUUGCCUAGCUGAUGAUUUCUAUCCUGACCAUAUUACGAUUAACUGGCAGAAGAAUGGGAUUAACAUAAACCAUGGAGUUGCAACUGACCACACUGCCCUACAAGAUCCACAAACAAAGUUUUACAAUAUCUCUAGUAGACUAAGUGUUGCUAAAACCGAUUGGGAAGACCUCAAGAACAACUUCACCUGCACUGUUGGUUUCUAUGAUGGGAAGAAGUACAAUUUUCAUCAAUAUACCCUAAAGAAACCAAAAGCUGGUGUACGAGUGACCAUGCUGUCCACAGUCCGCUUUGGCUACUUCUUGUUCCUGAGCAAGAGUCUGGUGUACGCUCUGUUUGUUGCCAUGUUGGUGUGGAAAUGCAAGCCUAUAAAAGAGAAGUCACUGCUGAGAGAGACCUGAGGUGAUUUGAGGAAACGUGAGGAACAGCCGCAAAAUAAGACAAUUUUAUUGUUUCCUGACUAAUCUGCAUUCUAUUAUGCUUUAAUGGAUAUUAGCUAAGCAAGUAAGCAUGUUUUCUGCCUAAAUAAUUUAGUUUUUUUUAAACUAAGAGUAAAAAUUCUCACAUUUUUUAAAAAUUUUGUUUAUUGUAUUUUUACAUUUAUAUUAAUACACUCGAAAGACUCUGUUGUAUAUCAUUGCUUGCUGCAUUAUUUUCAUGACCUAUAAAAUCAUCCAAAACUUUU